AUGAUUUCUUCAAAGCCCAGACUUGUCGUACCCUAUGGCCUCAAGACUCUGCUCGAGGGAGUUAGCAGAGCCAUUCUCAAAACUAAUCCACCAAAUAUCACCCAAUUUGCAGCAGCUUAUUUUAAAGAACUUAUUGCGUUCAGAGAAGGGAAUACUUCUCUGGAUAUAAAAGAUCUGGUUAAACAGUUUCAUCUGAUUAAAGUGGAGAAGUGGUCAGAAGGAGUGACACAAGAGAAGAAACCAGAAUGUGUAAAAGAACCGGAAGGAAAAUCUGUAGUUCCUCAACAGCCUACACGGAUGGAAAAAUCUACAGACACAGAGGAGGACAAUAUAGCUGGGCCACUAUUCAGCAACAAGACCACCCAGUUCCCAUCAGUUCACGCUGAGCUCCCAGAGCCUGAGCCGACAGCUGAAGCAGUUCGUGGUCCUUGUUCCAAGCCAGCCACCCCGAAGACUGCGACCCCACCCGCGUCACCAUCUCCUGCAGGGGUCUCUCCAGAGUUUGCCUACGUCCCAGCUGACCCAGCUCAGUUUGCUGCUCAGAUGUUAGCAAUAGCAACAAGCGAAGCAGGACAACCACCACCAUAUUCUAACAUGUGGACCCUUUAUUGUCUAACUGAUAUGAAUCAACAGAGUCGCCCAUCACCGCCACCUGCGCCUGGGCCUUUCCCCCAAGCAACCCUCUAUUUAUCUAAUCAUAAGGAUCCGCAGUUUGUGCAGCAUCCACCGAAAGUCACUUCUCCAACGUAUGUGAUGAUGGACGACAGCAAGAAGACUGGUGCCCCCCCUUUUAUUUUAGUAGGCUCAAACGUUCAGGAGGCACAGGAAUGGAAGCCUCUCCCUGGACACACUGUUGUUUCACAGGGGGACACCUUGAAGAGAUACGCUGCAGUGCAAGUGCCCAUUGCUGUUCCUGCAGAUCAGAAAUUCCAGAAACACACCCUAAAUCCCCAGAAUGUUAGUCCUCCCACGAGUGGACAAGAUGUCCCCAGACCACAAAGCCCUGUUUUUCUUUCACUCGCAUUCCCAGUAGAAGAUGUAGCCAAAAAAAGUUCAGGAUCUGGUGACAAACGUACUCCCUUUGGAAGUUACGGUAUUGCUGGAGAAAUUACUGUGACUACUGCCCAUGCUCGCAAAGCAGAAACUUAAAACUGGUAGGUAAAUUUUCCUACCAUAAAAUGUGGGCCUUAACACA